AUGGAAAUCAACCCAGUCGAACCCGCGACGCUCCCGCCGGGCGAACUCAGGAUGCGCGUGGACACUAUAUUGGAGCAUGAAAAGCAGUCAAUUCUCGAGCUCUACAGGUUGCAUCCUCUAGAUGAAUUGAUUGAUUACUUGAGGACAUUACAUGGUGUCUCUGUGCGGAGGCGGCAUCUCGUCUACAAACUGGGAAUUUGGGGAGCCUCCAAAGACAACAAUCGCGAUGAGGAAAAUUUAUCCUCAAUUUUAGGUCAACAUAUUCAAGAACUAGUCAAGACGGGCUCCCUGUUCGCAAACCCCAACCCCAAGGGAUGCCACUUGUUUAAAUGGGCCAACGAAGCCGACCAAAUCAUCCAUGAUUUCCGCCAUAACGACAGUCAUGACACUCUUUCACCUUCAUCUUUUACAAAACUGUUGAAAGAUCUCAAUGGAGUCAUUACGGAUGAGCACCCUCAGCUGAUAAGGGUACUAUUUGGCGUUUGGGAAGGUAUUACACAGAUCGAUGAUACCAACACUGCAAGCAGAUACUUCAUCCAUCAAGUCUAUGAUAUCUGUCAGGAGCUUCUCGGUGAGGAUAAUCUCAUCAGAAGAACCUUCGGUUGUCUCAAUUUCGGAGUCUUCAAGCCAGCGGAGUGUCUGGAGCUCCUCGAGCUCCUUCCAGCAAAGCUUUUCGCUCAAAAGUCUGAAAGCCUUGGUCCAAGUUUCGAGACGAGCAACAAGACGAACGACAAGACGAACGCCAAGACGAACGACUAUCAGAUUAUAUCCUCAGAGAGUAGGAAGACUGCCGUUGAUUUCUGGGUUCAAAGGUCACUCAGCGACUUCUCUCAGCAUACACUUUCGAAAAGGAAAAGGCGCCAUAACAUCGGCAGCUUGGCUAUUCGGCAUCUUUUUGAGAACAACGACGGGCAAGAAAGGCGAUUAUCAAAAUCGGUUACUCAACACUUUCCUUGGAACACCUCGACGGAGAGGUGGCUAGCUGACCCAAGUCAUGGGCCGCCUUACACCAGUCUUCAACCACCACCAAACAUCUUCGUAUCGCCAAAUGGCGCCAAGAACAUUGCAUUUGGCACUUUAUUGCGCAGCCAGACACAAUCAUUCAUCGAAAUCGAACGUUCCAACGAACUCGACACUGAAGACUCUUGGCCUCCACAGAAGCCCGGACAUGUAUCUCCACCACUUUUGGAGCAAGUUGGACAAUCAUCGAUCAAAACUCUCCAGUACAAUCCCUCAAAGGACUCUUUAGAAGGUAGCGACUUCGAUGUUCUUGAGCUCUCGGGCAAUCAAACAUCUGAUUGUCAGACGCCUGAUAAUGAAUCGCCUGAUUAUCGGUCGAAGACACAAAGCACUUGGUCGCCGCAUGAGAAUGAGCGUCAAGUGGCUGUGGGUGAGAGUUCAGGUUCUCCAUACGGAGAGUCGGAUAUUACGAGCGACUCGACGGCGGAGGAACAACAACAACAAAUGCGAGCAAUGGAAGCGGAGAGGCGCCAGAUCGUCCAAACAAUUAUGGAUGCGUUUCUCCACGACUUGGAUAGUCACUUGGAGGAUAUCACUGGCAAUUCUAUCGCCAUCAAAGAAGAGGAGGCAGGUGAACCUACCCAGGUUCCGUCGCAGGCCGGGGGGUCAACUAUGCGUGAACGGAGCCAGAUGCCUCGAAAGCGACAUAAAUCAUGCGACGAAAAAAAAGGAAUUGAGGGGUGGAGGGACCAGGGCAAGUCCGGUGACAAAGAUGAAUGCGACGAAAGCGAUAACGAAGAGGACGGCGGUAAGAAGAGGCCCCGCAAAGUACCACGCUGCCGAGAUGAAAUGGGAGGCAUCUUAUUUGCGUGUCCGUUCUUCAAGUGGAAUCCUCUAGCAUACGCGGGGAAGAAAGAGUGUUCAGGUCCAGGGUGGGAAUCAGUGCAUCGCUUGAAAGAGCACCUCUAUCGUCGCCAUGAGAGACCACCGUUCCAAUGCAGCAGAUGUUGCAAUUGGUUUGACAAACAAAGUGCACUGGACUCGCAUCUCAGAGUCGGAUCCAUCGAUCAGCUUUGCGACAUCAUCAACGAAUCAGAUUUACUCAGGGAGUUCAAGUUUGGCCCUGACGCUAAGAGGCAGCUCAAGGUGAAAUCUUCGCCGAAGCAAACAGAGGCAGAAAGGUGGAAGGCAGUAUACAGGAUACUCUUCGAUGUAAGGGAAGAUGAAAUACCCACACCUUACUACGACCACGACAUCACGGCUCUCGGCCGGGAAGAGUCCUGGAAAGAAUAUGCUCGACGGGAGAUCAUGGUACUCCUCCGAAAGCGUAUCGAGGCGGAGGUAGUAGAGAAAUUCGCGAACGUGGGAUCGGAGCUUAUAGCGGGGCUGCGAGAUAUUGUCCAUGAUCUGGAGCUCACAAUGAGGCGAGACUUCGAAAGGAGACAAGAGGAAGCUCGAAACUUGAAUCGACGAGAGUCGCCAUCAAUGACGCCGCCGCCGCCGCCGCCGCCGCCGCCGCUGCCGAUGCCGCCAGCAGCUCUCGACGAAUCCUCAACGAAUACGGCCCGGACACCUGGUAACGACGAGGGAGAGGUGGCAGCGGUACCGCAAACCGUUCUUAAUACGGAUAAUAACUUAGCGGGACACCUUUCCCUCGAUGAUUCGCAGCAGGAAGUUCACUCUGCCCGGUCGGAAGCGACCGGCAUGGAUACGCAGAACUGGAGAAUCGUCGAAGGAGAGGAGCCACUGGAUCCUUCACUGUUGGAUGCUGACUUUGGCUUUGACUUCCUCAACUAUGACGGAGGCAACAGCACGUUCUGA